GCUGGACGGCUACAAUAUUGGAUCACCGAAGGAGAUACACCCAGGCUCCUUCACCUCCAGAUGGGAGUUGAUGGGGAAACUACAAGGUCUAAGAGACUGGCUCUCGGCGUCCGUGUCACAUUUCCAGACAUCGGUCCGGAGCAGAUCUUUCCAGCUGCGGCUUGCAUGUCCCGAAUUCGAACCCCUGCCAAUUGUGGGAGGGGGCUGGGGGAGGAGUGGUCGCGCCCUGGUGCAGCCGCGAGGGCAGCUCUGUCCCAGCAUACGGUGUGGGCUCGCCACAGGCGUCCGGGGGCGGAGGGGAGGUGGCGGGGUAUGGCUCCAGGCGGCUUGGGCGGAGCCGGAGGCGGGCAGCAGGGGGGAAUUCUACCUGGCUGAGCAGAUUCAAGGCGGAGAGAGGAUAAAGGGCGGAACCAACCUCCUGGCUCCGCACGUGCUGCGCCGGCUCCAGCGUGGCGUUCUUAGCAUCCAGUCUUGGCGUCUGCAGGGUAUCAGAAGAGCAGAUCGGGUCCUCGGGAUGUUAAAACAGGUGGCCAGAGUGACGGCACAGAGCAAAGCCUCUGGCUGCUCGCAGCUUGUCUUGCCCUUGCGGUUUCUAGGCAGGUCCUCUCGUCAAGUCCCAGCAGAUGCCAACUUCCACUCCACCUCGUUCUCCGAAGCAGAGCCUCCCCGGGUCUUGAUCACAGGGGGUCUUGGCCAGUUGGGAGUAGGACUUGCUAGCCUUUUGAGGAAACGAUUUGGGAAGGACAACGUGAUCUUAUCAGACAUAAGGAAGCCCCCAGCUCACGUCUUCCACAGUGGCCCGUUCGUUUACGCCAAUAUCUUGGAUAACAAAAGCCUUCGUGAGAUCGUGGUGAACCACCGUAUCAGCUGGCUGUUUCACUACAGUGCUGUGCUGAGUGCUGUCGGAGAAGCCAACGUGCCCUUGGCCAGAGAUGUCAACAUAACUGGACUGCAUAACAUUCUAGAUGUUGCAGCUGAACACAAUGUGAGGUUGUUUGUGCCCAGCACGAUUGGGGCUUUUGGACCUUCCUCUCCUCGGAACCCCGCACCUGAUCUCUGUAUUCAAAGGCCCAGGACCAUCUAUGGCGUAUCCAAGGUCCAUGCAGAGCUCAUGGGAGAAUACUAUUAUUACCGGUAUGGGUUAGAUUUCCGGUGCCUGAGAUAUCCUGGGAUCAUUUCUGCAGAUUCCCAGCCUGGAGGAGGAACAACUGACUACGCAGUCCAGAUUUUCCACGCUGCAGCAAAGAACGGCACAUUUGAGUGCAACCUCAAGGCCAGCACCAGGCUCCCCAUGAUGUACAUCAGCGACUGCCUCAGGGCCACCCUGGAAGUCAUGGAGGCCCCCGCCGAGCGCCUCUCCAUGAGGACCUACAACAUCAGCGCCAUGAGCUUCACCCCCGAGGAGCUGGCCCAGGCCCUCCGCAAGCACGUGCCCGACUUCCAGAUCACCUACUGCGUGGAUCCCCUCCGACAGGCCAUAGCUGAGAGCUGGCCCAUGAACCUCGAUGACAGCAGUGCCCGCAAGGACUGGGGCUGGAAGCAUGACUUCGAUCUCCCAGAGUUGGUGGCUACCAUGUUCAACUUCCACGGCGCCAGCACCAGAAUUGCCCAAGCUAACUGAAGGGGGUGGAGCAAUGCCCAUAUCCUCACAGUGUAAGGGACAUGGCAUUCUCUAAGACGGAGAACUCAUCAGACUGAAUUCUGGCAGCUCACAUGGAACUGCUGGGUGGGGUUGGAGUUCCUUUUACACAUUGCCUUUUGUUGUGUGCCUAAACUGGUCCAGGCACACAUCCGAUGGAAGUGAAGUCCUAAGUGGUAGUUAGUGACUAGCUCUUGGGAUUUGCAACAUUUGUAUUUUAAUUAAAUUCAAUUUAAGUAUCACUUCCAAGACUUCCUCUCUUGACCAGAGACCAAAGAUCACAUUUUAAGGAUUUUCAAAGAUGUUCUUCAUGUUCAGGACUUUCAAACUUCACCAAAAAUGAACACUAGCA